GACGACUCUCUCAACCGGCUGUUUAGUUGUGAGCGGGCGGCUCGCGAUGUCGCACCACUAUGACACCACCGCACAGUUUUGCGAUACGAGAUUUGUUACCAGAAGCGUCGUCCAGAUCCCCGUCCCCUUCCGACACAGAGCUCGACGUCACCGGCACGGAGACGCCGCCGCCCGGCUCCUCGAAGGAAACGAACGACGAGAAAAAGAAGAACGAGAAGCCAGCGUACAGCUACAACGCCCUCAUCAUGAUGGCGAUACGAAGCAGCCCCGAGAAGAGGCUCACACUGAACGGCAUUUAUGAAUACAUAAUGAAGAAUUUCCCGUACUACAAGGAGAACAAGCAAGGUUGGCAGAACUCGAUUCGGCACAACUUGAGUCUGAAUAAGUGUUUCGUGAAAGUGCCCCGGCACUACGACGACCCGGGGAAGGGGAAUUACUGGAUGUUGGAUCCGUCGUCGGACGACGUGUUCAUAGGAGGUACGACGGGCAAGCUGAGGCGGCGGUCGACGGCCGCGUCGAGGUCCAGGCUGGCGGCGUUCAAAAGAGGCGCGAUCCUGCAUCCGAUGUUCGGGAACCCUUACGCGUCUCUAGUGGGUCUGUACCCGCCUCUGCUGUCGGUGUACGGGCGGUACGCGUUGCCUAGUCCCCUGCUGCGGCUGCCUCCGCCGCCGCCGAGUCCCUACCACCAGUUGUACCGGAGGAUACAUGGUCUCGCGCCGUCGGUGAGCCCGCCCGCGCCCGAGCCGGACUCUCGCCUGGUGAAACACAGUUGAUAGAAGAGUGUUAGUAGCGUGGAGCCUCUAGAGGGAUAUCCGGUGCUAUCCCCGUGACGGCACGGUCCGAAGACUGUCGUGCAGUGAUGGAGUCGUGACAAACUGUGAUAGGUACGUGGUCGUCGUGUAUUAUAUACGAAAUAGUAUUUGUAAAUAGUGGUCGUACUAUUUAUUAUUGUCGUAAGAUAUUUAAUGAUUAAUAAAUAAGAUUUAAUAUAAGUAUAUUGGAUGAAAUAAACAAAUUUACAAGCGAAUAUCGCUUGAAAAAUAU